UGUUGAUUUCUGAGCAGCUUAGACCCACAUGCAUGGUGGCAGUGUGAAUGUGGUCAUUUUAUGGAAAAUAGCUCAUAUGGCAGUAUCUGGCUCUGCAUGUUAAAUACUGAGAGCUGCCCCCUGUGAUCAUGGGGGUCAUAAAAACAUUAGGAUUAUUUAUUUACAGAAGUACAAUGCAGACUAAGACUGUCACCCACACUCUGUUUACCUCUCCCUGGAGGUAUCAUAAUAAUAUACUCACAGGCUGCUCCACACAUUCAAGGGACAGCUUGUUCAGAGGAUUCAGCUCUUGGCAGGGUCUUCUAGAAUGUGAACGAAAACAUUGGCAAAAAUUGUCUGGGAAAUACCGUCCUUUAUCAGCGGCGUUGAAAAAGCAAUUAAACAUAAUGCACGAAAAGUACCCUAACAGAUCAGAAAGAGAUGUGAUAAGACAUGGAGAUCACGUAUAUUUUGAAGAUGAUGGCUGCAUUUGUCGUUUACAUGUUGUUACAGGUGAAGAGAGUCUUGAAGUUUUGCUGGGUCCAGAUGAUUUUGGACUCCCAUACUACCAAAUCCAACAAAUCAGAAUUUCACCAAAUCACAACUUCCUGGCUGUUAAAUUCAAAUGCACUGAUGGGGAAGAAUCUACAUGUAUCAUUCUAAAGCUUGGAACCUUGCCACAAGUAACGCACUGUCUACAAAAUGUGCGCAGUUUUGAAUGGGUUACAGAUAACAUCUUGUUUCACACAAGGCAGGAGAACCUUCGUUGCCACCAUGUAUAUCUCACAGAUUUUACAAAUACCUGUGCUACCAAAUUGGUUUAUGCUGAACAAGAUUCAAGGUUUUUUGUGGAUAUAUACAUGACCAGAGAUAAGCGCUUUUUAACAAUAAAUAGUAACUCUAAAAGCACUUCUGAAGUCUGGUUGGUUGACUGCAAUCAUCUUCUGGAAACUCCUGUUCUUGUUCAACAGCGCAUCCCCGGAAUGAUUUACCAUAUUGAACACAAAGAUGGGUUUCUCUAUAUCCUUACAACUCGUGGAGAGUCAUCAGAAUACAAGCUAAUGAAAGCGCCUGUUUCCGGUCAUAUUGAUGAUUGGAGAUUGGUUUAUGAGACAAAACCUGAAGUAAAGCUUGUGGACAUGGAACUGUUAAAGGAUCAUUGUAUCAUGUUCCUGAAGUGUAAAAAUCGUCUAUACUUCGAAGUGAUAUCUCUUUCCACUGACAGAGUUAUUCAGUCCAUCAAGUUACCUGCUUGGGCCUGUGCCUUUGAAUCUCACCAUUGUCCAGAGUACCGGACUAGCAACUUUAGAUUUUACCUGGAAUCUCCAAUACAGGAGCCAGUAUUGUUUGAUUACUCCAUGCUGGAAAACAGGCUAUUGGUGGACGACACCUACAAAUCUACAGACCAAGUUUAUCGUACCGAGAGAUUGCAAGCUGAAAGCAAGGAUGGCAACUUGGUGCCCAUCACACUGUUUUAUAAGUCAUCUAAUGAAGAAUUCAGACACAAACCUCUUUUGAUUCAUGUCUAUGGUGCUUAUGGAAUGGAUUUAAACAUGAGUUUCAAAGCCGAAAAACGAAUGCUGGUUGAAGAUGGUUGGUUACUGGCCUAUUGCCACGUUAGAGGUGGCGGUGAGUUAGGGCGCAGCUGGCAUAAAGAGGGCAUUCUGGAUAAAAAGCAGAAUGGGCUUGAGGACCUCCGUGCUUGUAUUACACGUCUCCAUGAAGGAGGUUUCUCUCAGUCUCGGUACACCGCAAUAGAAGCAUCCAGUGGGGGAGGAGCUCUGGCUGGGGCUCUGUAUAACUCCAAUCCAGAACUUUUUAAUGCAAUGGUUCUAGAGGCUCCAUUUCUGGAUAUACUGAACACAAUGAUGAACACAUCAUUACCACUGACAAUCGAAGAACAGGAAGAAUGGGGUGAUCCAGUGUCUGACCACAAAUACAGAGAGUAUAUAAGAACGUACUGCCCUUACCAGAAUAUUAAGCCACAGAAUUACCCUUCAGUACUAAUUACAGCAUAUGAAAAUGACCUGCGCGUUCCACUCCUGGGAUUAAUAAGGUACACGAAGAAGCUUAGGGAAGCAGUUGACAGCUACUGCAAUUACACAAAUGAUCCAGUGAAUAAAAGGCCCACUAUAUUGCUUGAUGUUCAGCCUGGUGGUAGUCAUUGCGACUCAUUGUCUUGGGAUGAAUCACUGCAGAAGGUGGCAGUACAUCUUGCUUUUUUAUACAAAGAGCUUAAGAUUGAUGACAGAAAAUUUCUAAAAAGGAAAUUUUGAAGUGACUGAGCCGCUUGAACAUCUUUGUUUUCCAAAAUGGUAAAACACAAUCCACAGACAUCGACAGGAGUCUCUCAGUCCACUGUAACUUUAUUGCCUUAUGUAAAUGUUACAACACAAACUGCUGUUUUUUGGGGGUUUUUUACUUUAUUUUCCAAAUGAAGGAUUUUAUAUUUGUCGGUCCAUAGUACAGCAGCAAAUCCAUUGCAGUUGUGU